CAAAAUAGACAAGGUCCAGGUCCUUCCUGGACACAAUGAAUCCUGCCACAAUCCAGACAAUUAUUCAUAAAUUCGUGCUCCUGCCCCAAACAAUCGCAGGCGUGCCGACCCUGCCUUUCCCUUUUCUGCUCCUGAAACUCUCUGAUAUCCUUGAAUUUCUUUUUGCCUUUUUUGCUCUGAGUCUCUUUGCCUUUUUCAGGCAAAUUAACUUUAAUUACAUUGCCACUAUUGGAAGCUUUUUGUUUAAGUUUCUGGCCAAAAAUUAUGUAUUUGAUUGCGUUGUAGGCGUUGACGUGAUCUGAAUUGGUCUUGUUCACGAUAUUUUCCAUGAAUUCUUCAUAAUCUUCUUCGUUUUUCAUGGAAAUAAUGUAACUGUAAAAACAUAUGGAAUAAGGUUUUAGGGGGGCUAGAAUUCUGGAUACUUACGUGGCUAUGUUUACAUCAAUGUCUGGACCCAAAAUCACUUUUAAAUGAUUCAUCAUUUGUUGCUGUUUGGUUCCCAUUUUCGAUUUUUUAAUAAUUUCCAAAAGGGUUUUUAAUUUUUGGAAAAAAUAAACAAAUUCAAAUUAUUACAGCUGACCAGCCCUUUAAAAGAAGGAUAAAGAAGAAAUCUUUUUUAUUUUCAUAUUUUUUUCUCGCUCUUUGUCGGCUAGAAAGACAAGGAUAGAAAUCAAAAACAGUCUGUCAUAAUCACAACAUACAUAACCUCACAUUUUUAUUUAAACAUAGCAUAAACCCUAAGCAUAAACCACAAACAAACAAUCUUUAAAAUUUAAAUAUUUAGUAAUUUUCUAAUAAUAAAUUAUUUAUUGAUAAUAGCAAUAAUUAUGAAUCCAUCUUUAUACAACGACAUAGUUAUCGUAAUGCGAACCUUUAGCGGGUUAUCAACAAAUUGUGCCAGAAAAUUACAAGAAACGUUUCCAAAUAUAAGUACCGAUACACUCUACAGUAUUUUAUGUUUGGAAUACCAAAGAAAAAUGAAAUGUAAUUACGGAAAAAGUCAAAGCAAUCGCAAUAGAUACUGGGAUCUAUUUAACAAAGGCUUGAAAACCCAAGACCGACCAGGAAUCCUCUUAAAACUAUCAGAAAUGUUCGAUAUCCCCCCUUGUUUGAUGGCCAAACUAAUUUUGCAAAAAUACUUUGACGACCAAGACGAAUCAUCAUCAACAGUAAAUGUUAAUAAUUACUUAAAAAAUACUUAUACGAUUCCAGAUGCUGAAAUCGCUUACGAAGUAUUCCUUUGUACAGUCUUUGACAAUCUAUACAGCCCAAUAGCUGACGCAAUGAAAAUGUCCCUGGGUCAACAAUACGAAAUAAAACUCCACAAAGAAGCAAUCCAACUAGGCCUAGCUUUUCGUGACGAAGAAUACCUAAGAAAAUCCGGCUACGACAAAACACCAGAUUUGAAACUCGAAGUCCCAGUAGCUAUAGACGGUUUUGUUAUCAACUGGAUUGAAAGCAAAGCCCUGUUUGCUGACGAGGAAGUGCACAAAGACUACAUGAAAAGUCAGUAUUUGAGUUACUGGAAUCGAUUCGGACCAGGGUUGGUUAUUUAUUGGUUUGGGUAUUUGAGAACUAUUGUGGAACCUUCGGAUAAGCGGUUUAUUAUACGGGAGGAUUUGCCUAAGAAUGUUAAGAAGGUUUUGUAUGGGUAUACUUCAUCAGCAACUGGUAUACAAUAAAGAUUUUUUUUUUUUUUUUCAAUUUAUUAUUAUUAUAAUUAUUAUAAGGUCCUUUAUUCAAUUAUUUAUGUACUUAUGUAUUUUGCAAAUAAAAAUGUCUUCCCAUAUUUACAGUCUCAUA